AUGAACUAUUUGACCUAUGUGGAGAGGAACUCGGAGAAUUUGAGGUUUUAUCUGUGGUUUCGCAAAUAUAUUCAAAUCUUCGAUGCCUUAAGUGAGAAUGAGAAGUCAUUGUCUCCGAUAUGGGAGAGCCCUUUCUUGAAGGAUAAAACAAAGCCAAAGGCUGACUUAGCGGUCGCCGAGGAGAAAGGAGCUGUUGAGAUUGAUCCGUCAGGCCAGCCGUUUAGGUCCGAAGUUGAUCGUAUUACCCAAAUGUUUCUUGCCCCUCUUUCACCUUUCGAACUGAACCUCUCUGGUCGCGACCGAAAGGAAGUCUUAACAGCGCUUUCCACAACUACUCAUCCGUCGGCCUUCAAAUCUGUCCUCCCACAAGUGGAAACCUCACUGCGGCAGCAGUCACACCCAAAUUUUGUGCGCUAUGCUCUUUCUACUGCGAACCACGGGCGUGUUGCGGCUAUGAGGUGGGGCGGGUUUAUAUUAAUAUUGGUAGCCAUAGCUCUGGCGGUUGGUUUAUCUCUGGGGAAAGUGCCAAAGGCCGUCAGAGUAGGUGUACCUACUUUUGCCUUGUUCUUCGGCGUGGCUUCUGUCUUGGAUGGACAGCGCUCCGUUUGCCUCGUACUAUUGUCGUUGGGACUACGAGACCGAUUCGCAUGGGAGAAAGACACGGAUUGUAUGUGUGAUAGCCAGGUUGUUGAAUGCGAUCUUGAAAAGGCGUCAACAAUUAGUUUUGACCUUUUCGAUGGACCUAUACCGCGGGAUGAGGACCGGGAAGCGAUUAUUCAGAAGUUCGAGAAGAGGAAUGUGAUUUCGCAUUUGUUGUUUGGAUGGUCAACUCUUGGGGGGAUUGAUCCAGAGGUUAGGAGAGUACAGAAGUUAAUUGUUAUGCAGAACAUCGCUAUCUCUUUGGCAUUUACAAUUGUAUUAGGUAUCAUUUUGACGGUUGCGCCGAGUGGAAACAUGUAUUGA